AUGAAUGAGCGGCAGCAGAAGUACUACACCGCAGAUGAAGUUGUUGAACUCAUCCAAUCACUACACCGUCCGCAGGAUAAUAAACUCUUCGCACGCGAUGUCUUGCUCGAUCAUCCACAUAUCGCAGAAGCCUACACACGCGUCUGUCCACGCCGUUGUGAUCUCGCGACCGCCGCUGAAAAGGCCGCGCAGGAUGCAUACGGCUACGAUGUGCGGCUCACUGCCCUGCGGGAAGACAUUGAGCUCAUCGUCAGUAAUUGCAUUCGCUUUAACGGCCCACAGAGUCCCUUUGCGGAGAUUGCGAAUAGUUUUGGUCAGUUCGCAAGAGAGAAGAUUGAUGCCUUUGUGGCCUCCAAGACGGGCGGACGUCGUGUUUCCUCUUUACGAGUGGCGGCGUUAAGUGAAACCAACACACGUGGGAAACGGUCGAGAGAAGAGAAACAAAAACAAGAAAAGAAAGAAAGCAAGAGAAAAAGUCAGAAUGAUAAUAAUAAUAAUAAUAAUAAUAAUAAUAAUAGUAAUAGUAAUAACAGCACUAAUAACACUAGUAGUAAUUGUAGCCGAAGUAGUAGUAAUCUUAGUGCUGUUGCCUCGCAUGAACUCAUUGGUAGUUAUAGCAGCAACGUGACUACUUCAGAACUUGUCAAACUCGUGGAAUCACUCAAUCGCCGCACCGAUAAAGGUGUUUUUGCAGUAGACGUCGCCGAGGCUUAUCCGGAACUGCGCAAAGCCUAUGAAGAAGUGUGUCCAGAGAAGAUGAAUCUUUCCAUGGUGAUGGAACGAGCCACUAGUGGAUAUUAUCUUGCCCAACUCCAACAACAACAACAACAAUCGCAGCGAAGACGGAAAAGUGAUGAAUCUCAAAUGAUUGUGUUUGGAUCUACACUUGCAGACUCGCUGGUGCCGCUGCGAAAUGAUGUGGAGCUUAUUGUAGGAAACUGCAUUCGGUUUAACUCUGGUGAUAUGACGUGGGUGCGACGGGCCCAGUCUUUUCAACACUUUGCACACAAGAAAAUAGAUGAGUUUAUUCUCCGCCACGUCCCAACACUGAAAGGCACACGAACAGGUGUGGAGAUGUACAUUGCCGCCGGAUCCCAUCAACAACAAGAACAAUUAAAACAAGAGGGAGAAGAAGAAAAAGAAGGGGAAGAAAUAGAUGGAGAAAGAGGAGAGGAAGAGCAAAAACAAAAACAAAAGCUAGAAGGAAAGAGACAAAAGCAAAAACAACGAAUUAACGCCUAUCCAGGUUCUCAAGAAAGUGAAAGAACUAAUGAGAGUCCUAUUCCUUCACCAACAGCAUCUUCAUUUUCUUCCAAAAUGAAUACUUCUGCAAUCUCUGUGAAAAAAGAAUCCGCUACUGUUGUUGUGGAUGAUAAUACUCCGACCCCUACUCCGCCUCCUACUACUAAUCCUUAUUCUUCUUCUUCUACGGCAGCAGCAGCAGCGGUGGUUUCUUCCCAUUCUACGGUAAAUACAUUACCACAGGCGAUGGUUGUUAAUUACGUGAGCCCAACAACUGUGCCAACGGCACUACAACCAAUGUUUAAAAUACCAGAUUCACUGCGACGACAGUUGAUUACUGAUUAUCUGGGACGGAAGACCCUUCGAGCUCGACUUAUCCAUACACUCAACGAGAAUAAUAAUAAUAAUAAUAAUAAUAAUAAUAAUAAUAAUAAUAAUAAUAAUAUCAAUAACAAUGGUAGUAGCAACAACAACAACACUAAUAAUAACGAAAAUAAUUUUACUGAAAAGGCAUUUCCACCUGAACUCAGUUGCCGUGCUGUUCUGGACGCUUUUAUUGUCUCUGUGCAGGAAUUUUAUCGCACUCAAGGUGAGCGUCAGGACUUUGUUAAUCCAUUUGAUUUCCUGAAAGAACAAGAAGAUGUUUAUUUAAAAUAUGUUACGCUCGUUAAAGAACAGUUCGAGCGUCUUUUCCUUCACAUGGUUUUAUAUGAACGUGAAAAGGCAGACAUGUGGGAUUGGGGUUCCGCAAAGGCAGCACAGCAAAUACUCUCGACUAGUUGUACUCCCCUGCCAACGCAAAAUGAAAGUAAUACAGAAGGCAGUAGUGGUAGUAACACGAAUAGUAAUAUUAAUAAUAAUAGUAAUAACGGCUGUGCUGCCCCCACCCCUUCCCUCACGUACCCUUCCUGCACUAGCUGGUUGGAUGAAGUACACCUGUGUUAUCUCGUUCGCUUCAUUGUGCACUUCCCGCAACUCAUGGCAUUUGCCUGUGCUAAGAAAGUAACACAUUUAGAUUCACAGAGAACAGCAAAAGAGGGACUAACUCUACAAAUCACAAAGGUUGAGGUGAAUAUCAUAGAGAAGUUUGCGAAAAUAACAGAGGAAUUGCUGAUAUUUAUCGCAGAUUAUGAAGAUAAGGUUCGAAGCAUAGAGGAAAGCAAAGAGGAGCCUCCGGAGGAGUCUUAG